AAACAAAAGUAAAAAAAUGAAAUCCAAAAAAUAAAAAUAAAAAAAGGUACAAAAUCUUCUCAUGAACAGCCGCCCGAGGAACAAGUCCAAAAUAUCCGCAUGCAUCACAUCACCAUCUUCCUAUAACAUCUCUCUACAAUUACUCCAACAAUCUUCUUCUUCUCCUUCAUCAGAUCACACAAAAUCUGCAAAUCUUCAAUCUCCAGUUGCAGAUCUAUGGCCACCGGUGGCGGUUACAGCGAUCCGAGCCAGAAAAUCGACUACGUAUUCAAAGUAGUGCUCAUCGGAGACUCUGCAGUCGGCAAAUCACAAAUACUCGCUCGAUUCGCCAGAAAUGAGUUCAGUUUGGACUCCAAAGCGACUAUUGGAGUUGAAUUUCAGACGCGAACGCUUGUGAUUCAGCAUAAGUCUGUUAAGGCUCAGAUCUGGGAUACUGCUGGUCAAGAACGGUACAGAGCGGUGACAAGUGCAUACUACAGGGGUGCAGUAGGAGCCAUGCUAGUUUACGACAUAACCAAACGCCAAACGUUUGACCACAUUCCAAGGUGGCUAGAAGAGCUACGCAACCACGCAGACAAAAACAUCGUCAUUAUUCUAAUCGGAAACAAAUGUGAUCUGGAAGACCAGCGAGCGGUCCCCACUGAAGACGCCAAGGAGUUUGCUCAAAAGGAAGGAUUAUUCUUUCUAGAAACAUCCGCACUCGAGUCCACAAAUGUAGAGGAUGCAUUCUUGACCGUUUUGACCGAGAUUUUCAGAAUAGUCAACAAGAAAAGUUUGACCGCAGAUGAGGAGCAGAACGGGAACCCGGGUUCUUUGGCUGGCAAGAAGAUUAUUGUCCCUGGUCCUGCACAAGUAAUUCCGGAAAAGAAAUCGUGUUGUAGUUCUUAAGAAUCAUAUAUUCAUAUCUAUGAGAUAUCUUUUAUUGUGAUGAAGAGUAUUUCUUUUUUUUUUUUUUUUUGUUUUCUGGGUGGUGGUGGUGAUAUUUUUGUGCAAAUUCUUUGAUUGUUGUAUGGCUGAUUGCAGAGAACACACCAUGAAUGAUGAUACCAUUUGUGUAUGAGCGACUUUAUAAUUUUCUA